AUGUUGAACGAAUUUAAUGAAUUAAAUUUGGAUAUUUUAGUGCCAAAUGGCGUUUUUCAAUGUAAAGAAGAUGAAAUUGACAAAUUAUUUAACGCUGAACAAAGAACUCAAGCUUAUUAUGAUGAAUUUCUUCAUUUAUACCUCCUUCUAACUUUACCACCAAACUCAAAUGUAAAUUCUAAAAGUUCUGCUUUGGAAUUAUUUCAACAAUUCGAUAUUUCGGUCGAAGCAUCAAUUGUCGAUGAAAUACCUACACCACCGUUGAUGGAUACGAAAACUAUUAAAGCUCCUGAAGGGACUUUGAUAUUUUAUUAUAAUUACAACCCAAAAAACAAAGAUAAACAAAUGGUGGUUGUUCAAAGAAACGAAUGUUGGAGCUGUGUUGUACCAUUAAGCGUACCUGUGGUUUAUGUAAAGACUCACGUACAAUCACCAGCAUUAUCACUUGGUGUUUUCGUUAGACAAAAACCAAAACCAGUAGAUUCAUUAAACAACAAAUCUGAUUCAGAUUAUUAUAUAUCAUCGGAAAAUUAUGGUUUAAUGAAUUUAUUAGGAGGUUUAAAAGAUGAUCCAACAUUCGAAUCGCCAAGUUUCAAUGUAUCACCAAAAAAUUUAAUUUUAAAUCAUAAUGAUAUAAAAAGAAGCAGUUCAUCUUCAUCAACACUUUCAAAUCAAUCAACUAAACGUUCAGUUCGUAAAAUUUUAUCAGUUAAAGCUGCCUUAAAUGUUAAAAUGAGAACAACAAGUAUUUCGCCCUUAGACAAUAUGUUGAUGAUGUCUGUAGAAUUGGAAAAUAAUUCAGAAACAAAGAAUUCAUUUUCAAUAGAAUCCAUUAAUGUACAUAUUGUAAAUGGAUUUAUAAAAAGAUACGAUUGGAAUCCUGAUGAUGACAUUGAUCAAACAACUUUUCUGUACAGUAUCACAAUACUCGAAAAUCCGAUAUUUCCAAAAUUUAAUCCACAAUAUUUCCCAUCACCACAACCAAACUCUAACAAUCAAUUGGUACGAAAAUUUUCAAUAACACCGCCAACCAAUCCACAUUUAAACAAUAAUCCAAAUUCAUCAUAUCCUGUGACCGAGGAAAAACAACGACAUUUAUCAAUAACUGUUAAAGGAUCUUCUAGAAGCAAUACAAUAUUUUUGCCAACUGGCGUGUCUACUCCAACUGCUUCAAAAUCUUCUUAUAAUGUAACGAAUAAUAAAAAAAAUGGUAUAAUACCUAAACUAACAAAUAUACCUGAAAAUCCUGGAAUCCGUCACAACAAUCACAACAAUAUUGAUAGCAGGAGCAUUAAUAACAACAGCCACAAUAAUAAUCAUAAAGAAGCUAAUGAUGGUGUAGUUGUAUCAUUCUUGGUGAGUCCAAAAGUUGUUGUAGGAAAAGUAUUUACUUUAAAUGUCUUCAUAUUAAACAAAUCAAAACAUCCAAGAAAAUUCACUAUAAUUAUACCUAAUAAAAGAAGACCUAAUGAUAGAGUAAUCCAAAAUUUAACAAAUUCAGCACUAAAUUCAAAAAUAUCGCCUUUGCCUUUAAAUAAUACUAAUAUUAAUGACAUUCAAUCAACUAAUCCGAUUGAACCUUAUAUGGAUGAAACAGAUUUUAUUAAAAAAAGUUUAGAACAUGAAACUUCUGAUGCUGACGUUAUAUGUUUGGAAAAUAAUGUUAGAAUUGGACCAUUGAAUCCUUCAACGUGUGAAUCAGUCACAUUACAUUUUAUCGCAGUAAAAGAAUCCUUACAUUCAAUAGAAUUGAUACAAUUGGUUGAUGAUGAUACUGGAUUCAUUACUAAUUUACGCAAUGUGCUUGAUGUAUACGUUAGUCGAGGUUAUUACGACAAUAAGAAUUAUGUAUCAAAAGUUGCUACUCAUAUAGAAGUUACAGGUUAA